UGUGAGUGUGUGCGCUCUAUUGUGAAGGAUGCUUAUUUAGCGUGUGUUGAGGAAACAGGUGUAUUUAUUGAUGGUGUAUGUAGGUGCGUUAUUUGCCGGGAGAUGCCUGUGGAAAUCUGGUGUUACUCUUACGGUGGUGGGGAGGAAAAGACUUUUUGCUUCAGUUUUCUAACCCCUGCCUCUAAACGUUGCCACAGAGUCACUGGAUGGAGAAUUAUCUCCCCCUGACCUCAUUUUUUUUUUAAUGUGGCUUCUGUCAUUUGCUGUCUGUACCCCAUUGCGCCUCAUUCUGCAGCUGUUUGUGAGACCUUUUGUGUGUGGCUUGGGUAGCUUUCUUCCUCCAUCUCUUCGGAAUUAUUUUUUUUUAAAUUUUUUAUAGCAACCCGGAUUCAUCUGAUCUGGGGAGGUGGGGUUUUCCUGUUUAAAAAGAAUUUCCUUUCGCUCGGGUUUGUCGUUCAGGUAGAUUUAUUUUGGGGGUGGAGGAAGUGGAUUGCAAUUCCCUGCUCAGCUGAUCUGUGAAACGAAAUACCAGUUUAUGAAUGGCUGCUUAGAACCGUUCUUUGUAACUGUGCCUUCCUCUUGUAAUUUAUACCGUGCUCCCAAGCCAGGGUUUGUGUAGGGGAUCCCUGCCAGAUUUUUAGGGGACAGGGAUUUGUGGGAACGAGGCUUGCUUUACAAUUAAGCUGUGUCGUAACGCAGAAAAGAGAUUGAGCUGUCUAUUUCUUGCUUCUGCAUAAAAGAUUUAAAGUGCCAGGCAUUCUCCUUUAUUCACGCUGUGUAUUUGUCUUACGUGAUUGCUUUUGAGUUGUUCUUUUUUUAUUUUAUUUUUUGACUUCUUAAGUUGUGCAAGUCAUGUCCUGUUUUAAAAAAAAAAAAAAAAAGCCUGCUUCAUUGAUUGAGUCCAUCAUUGUGGUCCCCCGUUUUAUUUCUUGUUGCCAGUGGUGAGGUCAGGACUCCACAGAUGUCAAUAUCUGGGUCACGUUAGUGAAGACAAAAUCUCCCACGGCUUGGAAUUUCGGUUGCUUGGUAGCCGCCGGCCUUGGAAAGACGCAGCGGGAAGCCAGGAAGGUUGCUAUGGGGAUGCUCUGAGAGGAAGUAAGUCCUAGUAACGUGCCAGGUGCGAGGAGGGAGGACACAGGCAAAAGGUACCAAUGGCUACAGAUUCCAGCGAGCCGGCCAGCACGGAAGAUCCGGAAAAACCUGAUGGAGUUUCUCUGAACGGCAGGAUCCCGACUAUCGAAGCUGCUUUAAUCAUGCAGCCUGCCGGCGCCCCGGCCUCCGGGGGUGCCACAGAACGGAAGCGGUUCUUCCGGAAGAGCAUGGAGAUCAUGGAGGAGGACAGAACCGCUGAACCGUCUCCCAGGGAUGAGCGGGAGCAGGUGGUUGCAGGCUGUCGCCGAGGGGACCAGCUCUCUGCCAGUGUGCUGGGGCAGGAGGCCAGGAAUGAGUUGGGUUCCAAGGCGAUUUCAGAGGCCUCCAAGGAGAAGACCAAGAAGGAGAUCGAAGAGGAGGCGGAGAUGAAAGCAGUGGCCACCUCGCCCAGUGGCCGCUUCCUGAAGUUUGAUAUCGAGUUGGGCCGAGGGGCCUUUAAAACCGUCUUCAAAGGGCUUGACACAGAGACAUGGGUCGAGGUAGCCUGGUGUGAACUGCAGGACAGGAAGCUAACCAAAGCAGAACAGCAGAGGUUUAAGGAAGAAGCGGAGAUGCUGAAAGGCCUACAGCAUCCAAACAUCGUCCGGUUUUAUGAUUCCUGGGAGUCCACGGUGAAGGGGAAGAAAUGCAUUGUGUUAGUCACUGAGCUGAUGACUUCUGGCACCUUAAAGACGUACUUAAAGCGAUUCAAAGUCAUGAAGCCAAAGGUCCUGAGGAGCUGGUGCCGACAGAUCUUGAAAGGCUUGCAGUUCCUCCACACCCGGACCCCGCCCAUCAUCCACCGGGACUUGAAAUGCGACAACAUCUUUAUCACGGGACCCACGGGUUCGGUGAAGAUUGGCGACCUGGGCCUGGCAACCUUGAUGCGCACAUCAUUUGCUAAGAGCGUCAUCGGCACCCCCGAGUUCAUGGCCCCCGAGAUGUAUGAAGAGCAUUACGACGAGUCGGUGGAUGUGUAUGCUUUCGGGAUGUGCAUGCUAGAAAUGGCCACUUCCGAGUAUCCCUACUCUGAGUGCCAGAACGCCGCCCAGAUCUAUCGGAAAGUCACCAGCGGCAUUAAACCCGCCAGUUUCAACAAGGUGACUGACCCGGAGGUGAAAGAGAUCAUUGAGGGAUGCAUCCGGCAGAACAAAUCUGAAAGGUUGUCCAUCAAAGACCUUUUGAACCACGCCUUCUUUGCGGAGGACACGGGGCUGCGGGUGGAGCUGGCGGAAGACGACGACGGGCUGAGCUCUUCUUUGGCCUUGAGGCUGUGGGUGGAAGACCCCAAGAAGCUGAAGGGGAAGCACAAGGACAACGAAGCCAUCGAGUUCAGUUUCAACCUGGAGUCGGAUGUCCCCGAAGAAGUGGCGUGUGAGAUGGUGAAAUCCGGAUUCUUCCACGAAAGCGACUCCAAAGCUGUGGCCAAGUCCAUCCGGGAUCGUGUGGCCCUGAUCAAGAAGACCCGAGAGCGGCGGCAAGCCAGCUGCCUGGAAGAACAGAGGGAGGCCCAGUGCAAGGCAGCUGGUGGGGCCCCGCUGCCCCAGGGCGUCUCGCUGACUGGCCCGUCCCCGCCUGCGGGUGCCGAGUGGGAGGAGACGGAGGUGGACCAGCACGUCCGGCAGCAGCUGCUGCAGCAGACUCAGCACCAGUCUUCCUUGGCGGCCGAGAGCCUGUCGGAGAAGAGUGCUGGGUCAGUGAUUCUAUCGGAUGCCUCCAGACAGCACAGCCUGGCUUACACGGAGCAGGUGAUGGGCGGCCCUCCACAGGCCUCUAUCCCCCCACCGGGGGAAGCCAGCCUUCAGGGACAUCUCUACCCAUCGCAGCCGCUAAUGGGACACUAUCAGCAGAUUGCUGGGCAGGUGCAGCAGCAGAACCUGGGCCACCUGCAGAUCUUGCCCCCAGCUCUACCCACCCCCAGCUUAGCUCCACCGGCAGCUCCCCAGCCCCAGAUAAUGCACCUCGAGUCGCAACUGCCCUAUGGGGCCGAGGGGCAGUCGCUGGAGCCAUCGGUCAUGGCGGUGCCCCAGGCCAUCCUGACAGCUGCCUCUCCCCAAGCCAUGCCAGCAGCCAGCGCGCAGCUGGACUCCACCACCAAGACUGGGAGUCAGAUGGCCACUGCCACUGCAGCCGAGGUUGACCCGACUUCUGGCUUCCUGACCCUCGGUCACAGCCUGGCACCACAGAACCAGCCCUCGGCCCAGUUUGUUGGCAACAUGCAGGGGAUGGCCCAGCUCCUGCCUGCUUCCUUGGCUGGGCAGCCAGGGGCGCCCAUGCAGCAGCCGCAGCAGGUGGCAUCAAUGCAGCAGCUCCAGCAGGUGGCGCCCAUGCAGCAACCGCAGCAAAUUCCUCAGCAAACUGUACCGAUGCAGCAGAUUCCAGCCAUGCAGCAGCCACAGCAGGCUGCAUCGAUGCAGCAGGUUCCUGCCAUGCAGCAGCCGCAGCAGGUUGCAUCAAUGCAGCAACCCCAGCCGCUUGCGCCCAUUCAGCAGCCCCAACAGGUUCCCGCCAUGCAACAGCUGCAGCAGGUGGUGCCCAUGCAGCAGCCACAGCAAAUUUCUCAACAGACUGCGCCCAUGCAGCAGGUUCCUGCCAUGCAGCAGCCACAGCAGGCUGCAUCGAUGCAGCAACCCCAGCCAGUUGCCCAGCCGGUUGCGCCCAUGCAGCAGCCCCAGCAGGUUCCCGUCAUGCAGCCGCCCCAGCAGUAUGCUGUGAUGCAGCCAGACUCCUUACUGCAGCCUUCCCUGGCCCAGCCAGCGCAGCCCAUGCAGUUGCAGCUGCCGGGUUACCUGCCCCCUCAGCAGCCGCAAUUUGUGCGGCACGCGGGCGCCCUAGAGCAGCCGCAGGGGCUGCUGGUGCAGGAGCCGGACCAGCAGGUGGAACGCAUGUGUCCUGUCCCGGCCCCAGAGCAGCUGGCUUACCCGCUGCAGGCCCCGUACCAGCUGCAGCAAGCAUAUCCUCUGCAGGCUCCUUACACUGACCAGCCCCCCUAUCCAGCCCAGCCGGCAGAGCCGGUGGUGUAUGCGUACCCGGAGCUGCCAGGGUACCCGGUUCAGCCCCUCUACCCGGGGCAGUCUCCGUACCGGGUGGAGCAGGUGGCGUUUCUGAGCCAGCUGGUAGAUCCGCAGCAGCCAGCCUUUGUGCCGUCUUCUGGGGCGCUGAGCCAGGAGGCUGGCACAGAGCAGAUGCCCUUGGCGCUCUCCCAGCAGGACAGCAGCGGCUUGGGGUACCCCCUGGCGCAAGGGCCAGGCGAAGGGCAACAGACAGCGCCGCCAGCGGUCCCGUUCCUCCCGCUGCAGCCCUCAGCUUUCGCGCCUCCCGCAAUGCAGCUGCUAUCUCAGCAAGCUCCUCUCCAGCCACAGUCACUCCUGGCCACGGUCCCCACCUUGCUCCAGACUCUAUCGCCCAGGCCGGAGCAGCUGCAGCCGCCCUCCUCAGAACAAGCCUAUGGAGUGCAGCAGCCAGCGGUGCAGAUCCCCGAGCAGCCAGCCUACGUCCUGUUAGCGGCAGAGUCGGGGGUGUACCAGAGUCCGGCAGCCAGCCCUCUGCUCACCGCCUCCCCACUGCCCGCCCUGAGCCCCCAGCUGCACCCACAGCACAGGCCAGGGCCCGAGCAGGUUUCCCAGCCUGCCGCGGUGCCUGAGCCCCAAAUAGCUGCUCCAAAGCCAGACCUGCUGCAAGGGCUAAAUCCCGAGCUGGCUGCUUUGAAGGAAAACUCCAAUGCACACGAGCCCAUGAGCGGCAACGGCAAACAAGACCGAAGUAAACAGAGGCGGGCGUCCUGCCCGCGGCCGGACAAAGGGACCAAAUUCCAGCUCACCGUGCUGCAGGUGUCCGUGGCUGGGGAUAACAUGGUCGAGUGCCAGCUGGAGACCCACAACAACAAGAUGGUCACUUUCAAGUUUGAUGCUGAUGGAGAUGCGCCUGAGGAUAUUGCUGAUUACAUGGUAGAAGAUAACUUUGUGCUGGAGAGUGAGAAGGAGAGGUUUGUGGAGGAGCUGAGAGCCAUUGUGUGCCAAGCUCAGGAGAUCCUCCGAAGCCUGCCGGUAGAAGAGCGAGUAUCUGGCAACGAUUCCAUUCCCUCCGAGUCCAACAGCAGCCAAACAGGAUCGUUCGAGCAAGUUCAGAUAAACCCUGCCUCCACUCAGACUGGCAACGAGUGUGCUCCUCAGUCCUCUCCAGUCGGCCGCUGGCGAUUCUGCAUCAAUCAGACAAUAAGGAACAGAGAGGGGCAGAUGCCGGCUGUUACUGGUCCGGACAAGGAGAAUGGUAAGGAGACGUACCCGCAGGGUGGGCUGCUGGCUGCUGAGAGCCAGGGUCCCAACGCCAGCCCAAAGGACAGCGUGGCACCAGAGUGCCCCGGCUCGAAACCUGAGCAGCUGGCGGAAGGAGUCACGGAGACGCUAGUACCUCUGUCUGCCAACGACAACUGGGCUGGGCCGGAGACUGGAGAGCCCCCUGCCCCACAGCCUGGCGACCGCCCGGUCAGCUUGGCAGUGGCCCACGCUGGCGAGCCGCCCCUCCUGGCCGUGGUCACGGUGUCUGAGUGCCAGUCCCAGCAGCCUCUGCAAGAAGGAGAUGCCUCUCUGAGCUCCAGCGCCGGGCAGGUGCAGACGCCCAGCUCGGAACCGGCCCCUCUGCCUCCGUCGGUGCCAGAAUCCGACGGCGAGGGGCCGCCCAAGAUGGAUUUUGUUGACAACCGAAUCAAAACCCUGGAUGAGAAGCUAAGGACACUGCUCUACCCAGAGCACAGCUACUCCGAGAGCCAGAAGGACACGCAGAGCACGGAGUCCCCACUCUCCUCGGCCGAGGAUACGCUGUCCUGUGCUGGGCCGGAAGCGCCUGCCGCCAUCCCCUCCCCGGCAGAAUCCCAGGGGACUGAUGCCUUCGAGGGGUCUCCGCUGCCCCCCGCCGAGGCUGCCAGCCAGCCUGCUGGCUCGCCAGUGCUGAGACAGGACCCCGACGUCAUUACAGUCGCACCCAAUGAACUCUGUCUGCACGAGCCGUCCCCGGAGCCUUCCUCCCCGCUGAACCCCGAGGCCUGCCCCACUGCAGUAGCCAGCAUCGGAGCAGUUCAUCUGCAGACAGGAGGUGGAUAUUUUGGCCUAAGCUUUACUUGCCCUAGUCUCAAAAACCCUAUUAGCAAGAAAUCCUGGACUCGCAAAUUAAAAAGCUGGGCGUUCAGGCUCCGGCAAUCCACCAGCUUUUUCAAGAGAUCCAAAGUCCGCCAAGCGGAGGAAGAGGAGACGAGGAUGGAGGGGCCUGCCGAGCAGGCUGGGGUGAAUGAAGCCAGUGGGAGGUGGAGAUCGGCUUCGGUGUCCUAUCAGCGAGGCCGCUUCCAGGUCACCUCCGUGCCGCAGCAGCCAGCUUCCUGCGCGGCAGACGCCGGACCUGACGCUGCUGGGCCGGAGGAGCCACAGACGGACAAUCCAGGCACCCCCCUGCCGAGAGAGUCGCUCCUGUGGGCUGGCCCGGCCUGCGAGACGGAUGCCUCUUCCCUCACCCCGGAGCAGGAGCUGGAGGAGCUGUCGGCCACGGGGAGCAGCACAGAGCCGUGGGCCGAGGGGCCCGUCCUGAGGCAGCCCAGCUCUGAUAGUGAGCUGGGCCCCGAGGAGUCGGAGGAGACCCUGGGGUCUGGCAGGGAGCGGCGCCCCCCGCUGGCCGAGGACUGCUCCGGCCACGGGGCCAUGCGCCGCAGGUCCCUCUUCCACUCUGCCUCCUCGCCCAUGAGCAGCGAUGACGAGUCUGAGCUCGAGGACGAGGACCUGAAGGUGGAGCUGCAGCGGCUGCGGGAGAAACACAUCCAGGAGGUGGUGACGCUCCAGGCCCAGCAGAGCCGGGAGCUGCAGGAGCUGUAUAAACGCCUGCAUGCCUUCAAAGACAGCAAGCCUGAGCUGUCGGAGCUGUCCCUGCAGCCCUCCUCCCCCCGCCGGCCUCGCUCCUUCAAAAGCAAAUUGCGUGGCCGGCCCCAGGUCCUGACGCACGCCGAGAACUGUAUCGUCGCCACAGAGUGCUGCUGCACGACCACCGCCGCCUCCAUGAUUGACUAUCAGCUGAGCAUCCAGGCCCGCCUGCUGCAUCAGAGCUGUGCCCCAGGGGAGCCCAGCCCAGAGCAGCUGUGCGCCGUCAGUGGGACUGCCUCCUGCCAGCAGUCCCCGGCCAGCAAGAAGGGGAUGUUCACCGACGACUUGCACAAGCUGGUGGAUGACUGGACUAAGGAAGCGGUCGGGAACGCCCUCAUGAAACCCAGCCUGAACCAGAUCAAACAGAACCAGCACCGGUUGGAGGGGGACAGCUGGAGCAAAGCCUGCGAGAACACGUCCUCGUCAGUGGGCUACACCUCCACCUGGAUUUCCUCCCUCUCUCAGAUCCGCGGGACUGUGCCGGCCUCCUUGCCCCCUGGACUGGCCCUCCCAGCUUUCCCCAGCGUCCUGCCACCCUACAGCAUGCCCCACGUCUGCCAGUACAAUGCCAUGGCAGGGGCGGCUUACCCAAUGCAGUGGGUGGGUGUUUCGGGGAUGGCUCAGCAGUCGGUGGUCAUCCCCUCCCCGCCCGUCGGACCCUUCCAGCCUGGGGGCAGCAUGCUGGGAUUCCCAGCCUCCCCGGUCCCUAACCCAGCUACCAUCCCACCUGGUCCCAAAUGAAGCCAGAGCACGGAGCUGGAGGCAAACAGGGUGUGGUCCGUACUCCCCCAUUGUGGCCUGCAAACCGUGUGGAUUCUGGUGUGGCUGAUGCCCAGUCUGCCAGUGGAGGCGAUUUGGCUCAGCUAACAGUGACUUGUGGCACGGUUCCUAUCCUCCCGGAAUACUUGAUUUGAUUUGAUUUUUUUAACCAGCUUUGGUAAACUCGGCUCCUGCGUCUCAUGCUCCUGAGACGUGAUCGCUUCAGAAAGAAACCUCCAUUUCACCCCUCUCUGGCGGAGAAGCUGUCUGCCUGCAUCUUUUAAAUGGCAGACGUGAUGGUGGGGAGGAGUUUCUGAUUUGGUUUUUAAGUUAGUUGAUGGAAAAUGUGCUCCUAGAACUCAGGUCGGUUUGAGCUGCAGCCGGGAAGUUUAGAAAGAAAAAAUGUUUUGAUCAGUGCAGCUAGCUUCUGCCAAGUUCUAAAGACCCUCCUUCCAACCCUGAGCCAGGAGGAUUGGGGACUGCAAAAAGGGUUUUCUUGAUCUCACCGAUCCUGUCACUGUGUCAGGAAUAUCCUUGAGCCAUUCAGGGCAGCUCCGUGCAAAGCCAGCAGCUAUUUCCUCGUUCCUCAUACACACACUUCUUCGAUUUGAGCAGCCGAGAGAUGCUUGGGUAGUUGGGUGUUUCCUGUUGAAAUGAGUUCUGGUUUUGUUAUUUUUGCAGCAGACAUGAGUCUCAGAGUGGAGGGAGUUGCUGGGAGGGGGCUAUUUUAAAUCUCUUCCAAUCUCAGUCACCCCAUCUGGGACACAAAUUUGGAGAUGCAAAAUUAGACAGGGCGACAGGGCUGUGCGCACCUCUAUGCUGUAGAGAAUUUGGGAGCAAACGCAGUGAAUUGGGGUCUUACUUUAGCCCUGCCAAACCCUGUGCUUUUGCAGCCAUCCUUGUUUUGAAAAGCCUACCUUUCAGAAGCACUGGCUUCCAAUGUUCUUCUGUCUUAAGCGCAUUUGAAAAUACUGCCUCUAGUCCAUUUUCGAAAAGGACUUUUCCUGAUUUUCAAAGGUUGAAGCAGUUUAGCGGCUUAACUCGUUGAUUUCAAUCGAAUUUAGCCACCUAACCUGCUUAGUGCUUUGUGACUAUGCCGGUAGGCACCUGUUUGCAUCUUUACUCUCCUAAAUACCUUUGAAAAUCAGCUCCUACGUCUCUUUUGAAAAUGGCACUUCUGAAAAUUUCAUCCUGCGUCAUCCUGGCUUUGAUCUUAUAGCUCAUAUUUGACCCCUUUUGGGCUCUGAAAUCUUAAACACAGCAACCUGAACAUGGGGGUCCUGUACACACUCGACUUCACGUUACGAUCUGGAGCACAUUUGAAACGGCUCAGUUUCAGUGGGUUUGUUUCUUUUUAAUAUUCUUUCCCUUUGCAACCUGCCUCCGAGACCUGGGUUGUAGAUUAGCACGUGUCCCCUGAUUGCAGCCCUGCAGUUGCUAUGCUAGGAGAGAGUGCUUUCAGAGAAGGAGACUAAUUGAGGCUAAUGGAGAUUUUUUAGCUGAAGUUUGGUUUAUGUGAAGUGCAGCAAAUCCUCUUUCUCCCUCUCACUUGAUGGGCCCACUGACUCCAACACUGGUACCCAACUUAGCUUCAAUUCCUUAUCGUCUUUGCAAGGAUUUUAGCACGUGGGGUUGGGUUAGAUUUGUGGUGGGAACAAAGACUUAAAAUCACUUGCCAAAACGCAUCCCAUCUCCCCUUGGCGUUGCUGUCUCGUGGGCUUUUCUGCGUCCUGAGUUUCAAACAGACAUUUCUUUGCCAGGUGGUUUUCAAGUCUGUUGGAUCUUCCAAGGCUGGGCCCUUUGUCCGAUAGGAACUUUUCAGAUGUGCCAAAUGCUUCUGCUCCACCCUGAAAGCCCCGCUUAGAACAGCAUUAGGAAUGGACCCAGGUAGAGGUGCAAACCCGGCCCCAUUCCAUGCCCCCCCAACCCCCGCUUUGUCUGCCUGCAGCCACUUGCAUUGCCUUAUAACUGCUAUCUCCUAAGGUUUUUGUCAGAUUUUUACUGGGAAGGGCUGCAUGUCCGAGGGUGACUUGACACCAGUGGGUUUAACUUUUUUAUAGCGAACACGUGCAGAAAACAAACCCACAUGCAGAUAGCUAGCUGUGUUUGUGAAGACCCGAGAACAGCGUUUCUCAUCUCCCUGGGAUUUUUUGCAUUUUUUUAAGACAUUUCAAUUGUUUUUUGGCUGGUUGUAUUCAUUCCGUUAAAAACAAGCCUCAAACUGUGUAGGCACUUGGGCUACGAAGUCUGUUUUUGUUUUCCACUUGGAGGAGAGAAUGUUUGGAAAUGGGAGUGCUUGGCCUUAGCUUUCUUCCUUUCCCCAAAGCACAGAUCUGCAAAACAGCCGGUGCUUUUCUGGUGGGAGGGGAAAUCAAGGGCUUGUCUGCUCUUGCAAGGCUGCAGCAGGAGGGAUUUUCCGUAGACCCAGGCCUAAGUCUCUGAGCUAGCUCUGGGACCUGAUUGUAACUGACACCAAAAUCAGAAAUCCAAGCACUAUGCAGGUAGAGUGAAAGCACAUCUUAGUGUGCGUCUAUUGGUAUGGCUGUUCCGUUGUAGGAAGAGGAGACAGCUGUACUGGUACAGCCGUGUCUACAGGAGGGAUGGGGCUGGUAUCUUAUCUGUAACUGACCCAGGUAGAAUGGUAUAAAAUCAGGUCCGGAGGAUGCUUUUGGCUUUGAUCCUGCUAAUUGUGGAGCGCUCUGGCCCUGAUCCAGCAAAGCACAAGUUGAAGUGUAUGAGUAAUCAGGGACAGGAACAGUUAAUUGGGAAGAGUCCAUGCACAGACAGACCUUUAGUGACACUGGGAAUCUAGCCUUUAUUCAGGAAGGGUUUUAAAUGGCAGAAGGGGAGGGUAUCCCAGAUCAGGGCCCGACAGCAAAAAUGACUGCAGUUAGACCGGGAAAUCACCUACUGUCUGUUUGGACCAGUCACUUGUGUCUGUUUCCUAGGGCAAACUACAAGUCCUUUGAAGACUGCAGUCCCUCCAGAUGUAUCCUCUCUAUCAUGAAGUGUCUGAGCAGCACACUAGAAAUAGAUGCUGUGAAUCUGAUAACAAUCCAAACCGCGCCCCCAGCCCCCAAAGAGUCAGUAGCAGCGUUCAGUCUGUAUGUAACGGUUCAUAUUUUCGUUUGCUGUAAUGUAACAAGGAGUUUUCUGGGUCCCACGUGGCAUUUUUAUUUUCUAUCCAGCAUGAAGGAUUUGAAGGUGAUAAACAAAUGUGAAUUUUUAUUUUUAAAGAGACUUUUUAUUUUUCUGCUGUGACGCUUUCAGGUGGAAGUCUGCCAGGGUCAGCGUCCACUGUAACGAAUGUAUCAUUUUAACAACGGGCUGGUUUGGGAUACAGUCUGCUGAAUCUGGCGCUUUUUACAUUUGCUCUUGGUUUUAUCUACCUCAUUUUUUUUUUUUUUUUUUUUUUUUUUAGUGCUGUUUGAAUCCAGCCUCCAGUUUCCUUUGUUGCUUUAUUUCCACCCCUCGUCUUGUGGGACUUCAAAGUGACAUUUGAUCUUCCGUUUUCUAAGUUAAUUAUUUGUGUAGCGAUUGCAUUUGCUCUCUUGAGGUAAAUCCCCCACUUGAAUUCAGCUGGAUGAAUGAAAAUAAGAUUGACACUGCACAGUUGACCUGGGAUCUUUGGUAGCGCAUGUGAAAGCUGGAGCACCGAUCUGCCUUUCAGUAGAAACAAUUUGAAAAGCUUGUUUUAUCCACAGAAGCAUUGCUCAUGAAUUAUUUGUGUCCCUAAUUAAGCCAUCAAAAUAAGCCAAGCCACUGGCAUUGUUCCGCGGGGCGUGAUUCUUAACGUCCCUUUAAGGUGUUUUAUUUAAUAGUCGUUAAAAUGAUGCAUUCUGGGCUGUUUCAUUUCCGAAACCCAGCAGUCUGUCUCUCCUUCAUUUUACAUGUUCUUAUGCUGUAAAGGUGAAAUGUUUGGUGAAAACUAUGUUAACCUAAAAUACAUUUGGAUUUUUGUUUUUUAA